ACAGUCUUCGAACGAUCGUGUUCCUUUCCGUUCCGUAGUUUAAUACGUCGAGUUUUUCCAUUUGUUUUGGUUUUCCAUUUGUGUGUGCGUUUCCGCGACUUCCGCUUUCGAUAUCGCCGCCCCGUCGUCGGGGACCAAAGUGAUCACACGAAGCGAUCUGUUCCUACUAUCCGCUAGUGAUAGUGACAGCCAGUGCCAGUGCCACAGUGAAGUGAAGUGUCCGCAGCGACCGCAAUGUCCAUGCAGGCCCUGAACGCACAGCAGCGUCCGUCGCUGCUGGCCCGCUACCAACCGAAGGGGGGCUCACAGGACCCGCUGGGCACCCCGGCCCCGGUCGGGGACAGCCCGGUGCACCCGAUCACGAAGUCGACGAGCCAACGAAGCCUGCAGAACUCGUCGCUACUGCAGCGCUAUCAGCCGAGACCGCUGGGAAGUGCGGCCACCGCCGCUCCCGGUCGGACGCCGAGCCAGCGCAGUCUGGACCAAUCGAAGCUGCUGCGCCGUUACUACCAGCCCCACUCACUGGACGAUGGCCAGUCACCGGCCAGUCCGUCGACACCGGCCGAUUCAACGCAACAGCUGCCUCAACCAGCGCAACAGCCACGCUACAGCAGCCAGAAGAGUCUCGAGGGCUCGAAGCUGCUGCAGCGCUACAGCAAUCCGGUCAACAACUCGCAGGAGUUUACGGGGCUUUCGGGCCGCGAGAGUACCCCGGUGGCGGGUUUCGCUCGUGCCGCCAGCCUGGAACCGGAGCGAAGCGUCCAGCGAUCGUCGCUGCUGUCGAAGUACACGCCCCGGUUCGGUAAGUCCCUCGACCGGAAUCAGGUGCCACCGGCGGCGGCUACGGGUUACGCGGGUUACGGCAGUCAGCAGCACCUGCCCCAGCGCACCGUUCCGGAACGGGCAGCCCAGAGUCUGGCCUCGUCCCGGGCCGAAAUUGCCGACUACGGUGCGGACCACUUCGAUCAGUACCGGGACAGUGCCGCGCGUAGCCGCUCGUCCAGUGUGUCCCGCGGUGGACCGAUCCCGAAGAAAGGCGGUACCCUGCCACGGGGCUCGCUCCGUAAGCUCCCCGCAGUGGACGCUCCCGCGGAGUGGGCCCUGCCGAUCACCACGGACACACUGCCGGUGGUCGGUGCCGUCGAGGAGCCGGUUGUCGGCAGCAUUGCGUCCGCGCUGCCCCUGCCGAUGGUGAGCGUGAUCCCACCGACCCCAGCCAUCGCGCCGGAGGUUGGCAGUGCUCCACCCGGUCUGACGAGGAUGCUGCCAACAACCGAGCUUACUUCGGCACCGGCCAUACCGGCAGUGCCGGCGGCACCACCCGUAAAGCCGGUCCGUAAGGAUCUACCGGCGCAGCACAUCGUGAGUAUAGCCAUUCCCAACAUCACCACGGCACUCGCCGCACCAUCCGUCAAGCAAUCCGUGUCCAAACCGAAAGAACCAUCACCACCAUUGUUCAGCACCCGCGACCGCCUGGACCAUUACGGAAGCGCUUCGAACCCGGACCCGGCACCCUCAUCCGCACCCGGACAGACCACGAAACCGACCACGAGACUGACGAAAACGACGAUCACGACGCUGCAGCUGCCCGCGAUCAACGACCUGAGCAGCAGGCGCAGCAUCACCGACCUGCGGGGCGUGGCGGGGUCCGCGUCGCCGCCGCCGGCGCCGACGCUCGAAGUGAGCGAGUUUACGGACCGGGCCGAGCUGAGGCAGCUCGCGAGCCAGCGGCAUCAUCACGCCCCGGUCCGCCACACCCUGGCCAGUGCGUUCGAGCAGCUGGCCGGCCUGUCGGUUCCGCAGGCCAAGCUCGACGACGACCUGGAGGAACGCAUCGAAGCCUUGCCCCCCGACCGGAAGCUCAAGAAGCGGGACUUCACCUACCACCCGUCGUUCGUGCCGAAGCAACCGGGCAGCGGCUCGCAGGCGGAAAAGCGAGCCCACGAAGAGGACGAGCGCCACCGGCGGGAGGACGAGAAGCGCCGCCGGGAGAAUGAACGGCGGGCCCGCGAUGAAGAGGAUCGCGCCCGCAAGGACGCCGAGCGGCAGCGAAAGGAAGACGAACGGCGGGCGCGUGACGAGGAGAAGCGCAAGGAGCGCGAGGAAAAGAAGCGGCUAAAGGACGAAAAGAAAAAGCAGAAGGCGGCGGGGAAAGCGGGCCCCGCGUCCCCGUUGACCGAAGCCACGGAAGUAGUGAGUGCGCCCGCGGAGGAGAUGAUGGACCUGGCGAGCCACCUCGAUCACUACAGCGUGGCCACGAUGCAGCAGACCCAGCAGCAGCAGCGCAGCGUCUCCCUCGGGCGUCCGCGAUCCUCGGCUGGUGGGACACCUCACGGGAGCCACGGGGCACUGGGACGGGGGCCACUUUCGAGCAGUUACCAGAGCCUGGACCGAGCCAGUGCCUCCUCCGGCCAGCGGCAAUCGAAGCUACUCCAACGUUACGGACCGAAGACUGGGUCUCAGGAGGCACUCGGGAGUGCUGCGGUGGUCUCACCACCACCCCGGGAGUUGCACCGGAGCCAGGGCAGCCUGGACCACCGGAAGCCGGGCCGGGCGUCGCUGCUGGACAAGUACACGCCCCGACCGCUAAGUGCGUCGACCGCCGUUCAGCCCCGAUCCACGAGCCAGCGCAGCUUGGAGCGAUCCUCGCUGUUGCAGCGCUACAAACCGGGCGCCACUCCGCGGCAUGAUCCGUACGAGCAUCGUGAUCACGAGUACGAGCCCAUCGGAGACCCGGUUGAUGCUGCGGCCCCGCCAGCCAAACCAUCGCGACUACUUCCCGACCAACCGUCGGAAACCGCUUCGGGACAGGAGCGGAAGCCCUCGAACGCCUCGUUCCUGCGCGUCCCCGCCGACGACGGUGAUACGAUCAGCAUGGAGGAGCUCCAGCGAUCGAUCGAGGAUCGAUACUUUAACCUACCAACCCAGCCGGCAGCCACUACGACGACCGGAGCCGCCAGUCCCGUCCCAGCGGAUGAAGGAGCCGUUGAACCAUCGGCCGAGGGAGAACCGAAAUCGCCGGGCAAAGUGAAAGCGGCCAUGGCGAAGGCGCAGAGCAGUGGUCGGCAGGCGAUGGCGAAGGCCCAGACUAGCGGCCGGCAGGCGAUGGCCAAGGCGCAGGAGGGUGGCAAGAACCUGCAGAAAAAGCUGCUCCAGCAGACCGAUCGGCUCAAGACGAAGAUGUCCCACAUGAAGACGAAGAAACCGGGCGAGGUGGAGAUACAGGACGUGGCAGCGCCACUGGCCAGCCCGGAAGCCGUCACGACGCCGGAGCUGGAGCAACUCGACUUUACGCUUGCCACACCGCAGGACGAAGAGGUGGAAACGAAACCGGAGGCCACCGACCCCACGAAGCCGGGCCACAAGUUCGCCAACCGCAUGAAGAACAUCCACAUGCCCAAGCUGCAGCGGCCCGACUUUAAGCGGCCCGAGUUCACGAAGAAGCUGCCGAAGCUGCGCGGUCCGGACAUUAGCAUGCCCAAGUUCAAGCGCCCCGAGAUGCCCAAGUUCCUCACCGAGCGGCCCGACUUUGGCAAGAUGUCGGACCGGAUGAAGCUGACACGCAGCCGGUCGCUGAAGGAAACGGCGCCACCGGAUGGGCGUGCCAGUGCGGCCUCCCCAUCCGACGUCUCGACGAUCGGACCGCAGGACGAUGCGGACCUGCGGACGACGAAGGUCAACUACACGGACUUCCGCACUUACCCGCGGCUGUUUGACAAGCUGAAGCGCCCAAAGGCACCGGCCCCGAGCGGGCAGACCAGUGUCCGGGCGGGAACGCCACCGCCGCUUGAGUUCACGAAAGGUGCGAAGACGACGCCCCAUGUCCCGCUCUGGACAUCCGACAAAUCGUCGGAGGACCCAACGGGCAGCAACCGGUUCCUGGCCGGCAGCGAGCUGGACGACCGUGAGACGUCCGUCGAGCGGAGAAUGCGCCAGGAACUGGAGCGGGCCGAAUUUGAGGGUCCGGAACUGGCCGUCACUGCCGAGCAGCGGCAGCUGGAGGAGUACGAUAAGGAGAACCGUGCGAUCCAUUUGCUAUCGGCGGCCCGGCACGAUGAGUUUCUGCGCCGCAAACCGCCGAUGGAACGCCAGGAAUCGGACCUGGCGUCGGAGGAAGAGAAACAGUUCUGGGCCAGCUCGCUGGGUCAGAAGAUCCGUCAGAACAUUGACAUGAACAGCAACGAUCUGGACUUUCUGGACGAAGAGGAGCGCCUGCUGGUAACGCGCGAGAACCGAGAAGCGGAGGAAGAUCGGGAGGCACGAGAGCAGGCCCAGUACCUGCUCGAGUUGAGCCGGCAGCGGGAGGCAGCAGAAGCGGGCCACUUGGACGAGCGGCGCUCGUCCACUCCGUACACCAACCAGGAGUGCCAGUCGUCCGGCAGUUCGGGCGUGCGGCGCCGGAAGGGCGUGCUGGAAGAGAUCGACGACGAUGAGUUCUUCCUGCGCCAGAAGGGCAUCUCGAAGGACAACAUCCAGAUGGGCGAGUACAUUAGCAGCGCCAUCAAAGAAGGCCUCAGUCAGCAGCCGAAGAACGCACUGGCCGACCUGGACCGCUACGACCGCUACUACGACGACGACGAGCGGGACGGAGGGCUGCGGCGCUACUAUCAGCCGAGCUUCGAAUCGGAUGACGUGUCGAGCCGGCAGGAGGACGUACCCUCUAGCUACGGGCGGACGUUCCCUCCCGAUCGUCCGAACCGGCGGGCCAAGAAGGGUGGCCCGAUGUAUGGCGACGAGUACGGGGACGAGGAGGGCGAAGAGGACCUGUCGUUCUACGAUCGUCCGCGCAGGAAUCGGUACGGCAGCGAGCAACCGGAGCUCCUGCGGACGGCCCGCUACAUGGACGAGGACGUGGAGUUCGAGGACGACCAGCUGGCGGCGGCGGGCUCCGUGGUGCCGCCGACUCCGCCGACGCGGCGCCGCAAGAAGCGCUUCCGUGAUGUGACACCUUCCGACGUCGACCCAGUGGCCGGCUCCAAUCACUUCAUCACCGCCGGCUCGCUCCCCACGCGCGUCGCGACGUACCGUGCGACGGAGGAGGUUCCGCUGGCCCGGGAAGAGAGCUUCGGCACCAUACCGACGUCCGCGACGCCGAGCCGGGAACGGUUGCGGACCCAGCUGGACGCGAAGGGGCUGCGCGAUGACAACGAUGACGGUGCGGACCGAGUGUCGCGGGGUGCCGAGUCCCUGAUCGGGGGCAUCAUCGAUGCUGCGCCCGGCGCAAGAGGAGCGUACCCGUACGAAGUUUCCGAAAACAACGGCUAUGCCAUCGUACGCAAGGAAGCUCCCCCGCGGCCACCGGCUCCGAUGCGCCGCCGCAAGUCGACCCGCUCGCUCGACGCCCCACCGAGCGCUCCGGUGCGCCAGUUCCACACGCUGCCCAGCUACUCGGUGUCGCCGGUGCGCCCGCAGCGCAACUACAGCACCAUCAGUCCGAACCGGCCGCCUCGCCGGAAGUCCGUCUCGAGUCUCACCGGAAGCCAGCAGCAGCUGGGGAAGCACCCGCUCGGCGAUGGGGCCCCAUACGAGGACGUGCUGGACGCUGGUCCAGUGCCAACACCAGCACCACCACGACCACCGCCGCCAGCGACCAAGCUGAAAUCCGGCGACGUGGUUAACCGGAUGAAGGACCGUCCGCUGCCGGCACCGCCGCGUCCAACGAGGAAAACACGCCGCCCCGACGGCUCGUUCGACCACCACCAAGACCUGGACGGUGGAGCGGAACGUGUGGUGUCCGUCGGCGAAGUGGAAACGGCCACCCAAACGGACCCACUAUCGGACGACUUUGGGCUGGACGCGGAGAUAGCGGCCGUGACGGCGGCAGCCAGUCGGGCCACCGACACGGAAGUGCUCGAGGGUGCCCUGAGCCGGUUCCGCGACGGUAACGCCCGGGCGUUGUCCGAUCGGCCCAAAUCGUCCCGCUCCGGGAGCCGCCCCGAGACGCCCGCGUCGAUCCUGAUCGAGCGCAAGGUAUCGACGCCCUCGCUCACGCACGAGUCCGUCGUCGAGGCGUCACUCACGGUGCAGCCGCUCGACGGCGAGUUUGACGAUGAUCAGUACAUUGCCGAGCUGGUCAAGAAGUACGUAUCGGACGAGGCCCGCAAACCGGAGCCUCGUAAAACCGAGCGAAGCGACCGAUUCCGCAAGAGCACCAGCAGUCUGGGUCGCUCCGAGGAUCCGAUCGAUCCGGUCACUGUGGGAGGAACUUCCGCCGUGCGGCCGGCCUCGCUCCGGUCGACGAGCCGCUCCUCGGUCGACGGGCGCCACUUGGCGGUCACACCGGAACCCUUGCGCAACGUGGAAAUCUCGCCCACCGUUAUCGAGGAGAUCGUGGAAAGAUUGCGGACCACCGAGCAGCAUCACAUUGACGAGCUGCAUCGACUACACCAGCAACAGCUCCAGGACCUGCGCCUGCAGCACGAGGACCAAAAACGUCAGCAGGAGCAGCGACUCGAGCAGCAACAGCGCCAACUGCUCGACCAGCAAAGCCAGCAGCUGAACGAAACGCAAAAGCUGAAGGAACAGAUCGCACAGCAACAGAACCAGCAACAGUUGCUGCUGACUCAGCAACAGAACCAGCAGCAACUGUUGCUGGUUGCCCAACAGCAACAGCAGCUGCUAAUGGAGCAGCAGGAGAAGGAACGCGAGUUGCAACGCGACAAGGAGCGCGAGUUGCUGCGGGAACGCGAGCUGGAACUGGAGCGGGCCCGGGAGCGCGAACGGGAGUUGCACCUCGCCCGGGAGGCGGAACUGCAGAGAGCCCGUGAAGUGGAACAGCAGCGGCUGCGGGAUCUGGAGUUGCAACGGGCGAUCGAGGCGGAAAAGGCCCGUCAGGAUCGGGGGCUGCGUGAGCUCGAACUGCAGCGAGCCAUCGAGGCGGAACAGGCCCGCCACCGGGAGCAACAGGCAGCCCAAGCAGCAGCCCAAGCAGCAGCUCAGGCAGCAGCCCAGGCAGCAGCCCAUGAAGCGGCCGUUGCUAGGGAACCAGCCACCGUAACAGUUGAAUCGCAGGCUACUCAAGAAUCAGCUCCAACAGCAACCGAGCACCCAACAGAGGGCGCCACCGGGGAUGUGGUCGACGGCACUACCGUCCCAGUGGUGGCCCCGCAGGAGCAGCCACCCGUGCCCGUCCGACCGCCACUACCACUGCCACCCUUCGCCUAUCAUCCGGAUUACCUGGCGUACGGCGUUUCACCGUCUGCGGCCGCCGCCGCUGCCGCUGCCGCUUCGUCCUACCUCAUGCGAGCCAAUGCACCGCCCUCGGAGGAGGACGGUAUGGCUCCGCUGGCACCGCAACGCCGCCGCCGGCAUCAUCGCUCGCGGCGUGAGUCCACCUCGGAGGAGGACCAGCAGCUCCACCAGCAGCGUGAGCGCCGUCAGCACCGGCACGCCACCCGUUCGCCCGAACCCUCGAUCCCGUCGCUCGGUGGCCAGCUUAUGCGGGCGUGCGGGACGUCCCUGCGCCAGACCGGUGACGACCUGAUGUCGAUGCUGCGCGCCAGCAGCAAGGACGAGAACAAGCGCGAUCUGCACAUUGCCAUCAUCAUCCUGAUCGUGAUCGUGGCCGGCCUGAUGGCGCUCGGUAUGAGCGGCGAGAAGGCGGUCCACCACCACCACUGGGACUACUUCAGCCCACCCGGGCACGGUAGCAGCGCUUAGCGAGGCCAACCCGGCCCGGGUUGCCAUUUUUUCGUUUUGUUUGUCGAAGCACUGCAUUUCACACGAUCACAUCGCAUCGCACUCACCCACGAAACAGAUUGGAUCUUUACUUAGCAGCACCGUGCACCGUGCGAUUGUCAUUAGGAGUUCUUAGUCUCGUUCAUACCCACCACCCACCGUUGCAGCGUUGGGUGGUGAUCUUUCGACAGCUGCGAUACCAAAUAGGACCAGCUUCAGGUCCCCCCGGUCGUGUGGGUUCCGAUUCUGUUCCGUUCCGUUUUCGAUCCCCAAGUUUUGCGUUUGCGUUCCGAGUGACCGGAAACGGUCGAGAGUUUGUGUCUAGUCAUCCGUAGCCAGUUAUCGUGCGCGCCAAGGUAGGUGUUAGUGUGUUUACGUUCACGUUGGUCCCGAUCCGUCCCCGAUCACCCGCCAUUCUCCGCCUUUGGUUUUGAUUUUUGUUUUGCGUUAACCGCCCCGCCCUAAUUUAUUGGCCGUCCUUUUUCGGGGAGGAACUCCUUUGUCGGCCGAACGCGCCACCGAGUCAGCGUGUUCGAGAGGCCGCAGCGAAGGGAACUAGUUUUAAACAUAAAUAGUUGCAUUCUUACCAAUGAUUCAUUGUCGAUGAAAUAAAGAACGAUAAUUGUUAC